AUGGGCAAGGGGUUCCAGUUCAUAGACUCGACCAAGACCGAUAGGGUCACCAGGAGACUGGUUCGAAGUCACGCCAUGAAGGGCAAGAAUGUCGGCAAGGUGCUUCACCGUCGAUCAAGGCUUGAGUUAGAUCUACAUGCACCCCGGCCGUCCAAGAAAGCAUGCACAUCCACUGCCUGUAACCUUCUCCCCCAGCAGGGACAGCAACCCACCAGCGCCAGCACCAGCACUGGCAGACCGAGUAGCACCAAGAGUAGGAGCAAGAGUCCAGAGGAAACCCCUAGUCCUAGUGACGGCUCAAGCUCCACGGGAAGCAGUAGCUGUAGCUACAUCACCACUCCAGCUUCGAGUGUCACCGAUCUUACCAGCACCGAUUUCCUCUUCCUCGACGAUCUGGACAACCUUGACUGGUUGGCCGACAUCGAGAAUCACGAUCUUGAUGGUUACAUUGUGGAUACCCUCACCUCUCCGCCGGUGGACAUGUCGUUCCAAGGGCAGCAAGUACAACAGUCGUCGCUUAUUCUCCAAGCACACACCCAGAAAGCGCUCAGCCCAACACUGGGAGCACGAGACAGCCUAUUCACCCUUGCCUUCCCCGUUCAGGCAACCCCACAAAGUCAAUAUGUCAUCAGCCAAUUCUUUGGCAUUGUCAUUGAUGCACUAUAUCCUCCCCAACUGGUCCGAGGUGCUGCGAAGGCUUAUGAUUAUUGGAUUGGCACUCUCUUCCAGGACAGGACCUCUUUCCAUUGUGCCAUAGCCCUAAUGGCUGCCCUCAGUGACUUUUUCUUCGGUGAUCAAGCCCUGACACCAGACGCCAUCUACCAUCUGAGCCAGGCCAUCCACAUGGUCAACCAGACUCUGGAGACUAACGGCGCCUUGUCCGAGUCCAACCUCGCCGUUGUCAACUUUCUUGUCAUCCAAGAGCUGUUAAGAGACUCAUUCAAGUCCAAGGCCGAAGUCCAUUUAAAGGGUCUCCAAAGAAUGCUAGAGCUACGUGGUGGGUUGAACUCGCUGGGGGAGGACAAUCCUCUAGGUAUCAAAAUAAGCAAAACAGCAGUAGACUAUGCCCUCCACCGCGGCACCCCCAUCCCCGCCCCGUUCUACCGGGACCGCAUGUCUUCCAUCCGCGCCCGUCUACUUUCAGAAGGCUUCAUCCUUUCUUCCCCUCCCUCCCCACUUUUCUCCUUCUUCUCUCCCCUCUCACCACCAUCAUCGUCAUCAUCCCUGUCGGGUCCCGGUAGCCUCUGCAGCGUCCAACAACAGAUCCAAAUCCAUCCCUUCCUCUCGCAAAUCCUCUCCGACGUCCUGUCCAUCACCACCCUCCUCAACUCCCCGUUCCUCAACUUUCGGUUCGAGCCACACACCCUCCAAGAGUUUCUCGUGUCGGUGGGGUGUCGGUUAAUUCGCUUUCGGCCACUAUCUUAUUACCAAACCCAAAACCCCAAGAAAGGAAAACGACCACCACCACCAUCAACAGCAACAACAACAACAACGCAAAAAUCCCGUAUAGAAUCAGCCAUCCACCUUGGUCUGAUCGCUUUGACCACCACGCUCUUCCUGCAAUUCGGCCGUCGUCGCUUCUUGCGCUACGAAUUGGUAAAAGACUGCAUGACCAAGUUGAUAUCCGAGUGGGAUUACUGCUCAUCAUCAUCAUCAUCAUCAUCUUCUUCUCCUGCAGAUAAUGUCGAAAACCAAACCCUCCUCUGGCUCCUCCACAUAGGCGGCAUCUCGGUGCUAGCGGGGCCAGAAGAACAAAAGUGGUUGGCGCCCAAGGUGCAGGAGUUGGCGUGGGGGGUCAUGGGGAUCUUGGACUGGGAGGGAUCGGGAUCGGGGGGCGUCAAGGAGUGUUUGUUGCGGUUUCCUUGGGUUGAUUCGUUGCAUAGUGAGCCGGGGAAGGCCAUGUGGGAUUCUUUGGGGGUUAUGGGGAUGGUGAUUGUUUGAGUUAGGGGGUUUCUUUUGUGUGGGGAUAAGGUUUUGUUAUGGGUUCUUUUUUUUUCUUUUUUUCUUUGGGGGGCCGCCGGAGUUGAGGCUUAGAGGAGCAAACAAACGUGGUGCAAGAUAAAUGGCGUUGGUGUCAAUGUUGAUCCUUGCUUGUGUGCCGGGUUGUGGAAUGUGGAGGACUUGGUUGUGACGGUUUAACCGGUUGAUUUGCCCGUCUUUGAAUAGUGAGAUAUUGAGUGAUGAUGUGUUAGAUGGAUGAAUGGCGGGCGUUUGUUGUUAUAUGAGGUUGAAAAGGGUUUUUUUCUUCUUCUUGGUGCUGGGUUUUGCGUAUGUGAUAUAUCCAUACCGCUGCAAGGUCUCUAGGGGCAAGUUUUAGACGGUGUUGUUUUGGUUAUGCUCCAACAACAAGAAGUACAUGCUUUUGCUGACUAGUAGUUAUGACUUAGUUCUGUGUGAAGUUUUUGUGAAAUAGGGUUUGCAUAUAAGUGGAAUAAAGAGGGUGUAAAGGAACCGAAAGGUAUAUUCCUCGGGAAAUUAGUGAAUGACUGUAUUAGACAUGUCGUCCUUAACUACCCUCCCAGCUUAAUUCAUGGUUAUAUUCUCAU